AUGUCCAAAAGGAAACGAACAUUUAGUGGUCGAGAGAAAAAAGCCAAAGAAAGAUAUAGGAAAAGGAGAAAACGGGAGGAAAAACCACGAACUCUUACGUAUAGUCCAAUUACUAAAUCAUGGGCUGCUCAAAAAAGAGAGGAACAAAAAUUGACUUUACAAAAUGAUCAUCAUCUUUAUGAUAAUACGUCUUCUACAAAGCUAGGACACCCCUCUAAGCUUCAACCAACUUCUCCGAAUGGUAACUGUUUCUUCAAUGCACUAUCAUUUAUCCUAACUGGAACAGAGAAGUUUCACAGCCAAAUAAGGGCAAAUGUGUGUGAUUUUAUUUCUACUCACUCUGCAGACUUGCAAGAAUUUUUACCAAACACCUGUCAAGGAGAUGGAAAAAAAUAUUUAAAUGAUUCAUCAAUGAGAGUGAUAGGUACUUGGGCGUCAGAGACAGAAAUUUUUGCAGCUGCUUACAUGUUAAAUACAGAAAUUUACGUCUAUACCAAAUAUGGAUGGCAAUGGAAAUGGUUACGACACAGCCCACCUGAACCUGCAAACACUUUGGGUAUUUACUUGUAUCAUCAUAAUUUGAAUCAUUACGAAGUCGUUCUCGAAGUCGCUAAACAAAAUUCAAAGAAUCUGAAAAACCAAGAACGUUAUUUUUCAAAUAGGGAAAAUGAAAGGAAUCGCAAAAGAACAAAGUAUGCUAGUGACUCUUCUGCGCGUGAAGCAAAGAAACUUAAAAUGAAAGUUAAAUACCAUAGUGAUGUUAAAAGCAGAGAAUAUAUCAGGAAGACAAACAAUGAAAGACAAAAGAAGAAGUACAACUCUAACACUGCGUUUAGACGUAAACAAAAACAACGUGUGAAGCACCAUUAUGAAACAUCAAGCACAUAUAGAAACCUUAAACUCAUGUUAUCACGAAUGAGAUACCUGUCAAACGCAGUGUUUAGGCAAUCAAUUCAAAAAAUUGCAAGAAAACGGUACAUUGAGGACUAUACCUAUCAGAACAAAAUGAAAACUGCAUCUAAAAAGAAGUACAAGACCAAUACAGGCUUUCGCCAAAGUGUGAAAGAGUCAUCCAAGAAGAAGUACAAGACCAAUCCAGGCUUUCGUCAAAGUGUUAAACACUCGUCUAAGAAAAAGUACAAGACCAAUCCAGACUUUCGUCAAAGUGUUAAACAGUCGUCUAAGAAGAAGUACAAGACCAAUCCAGACUUUCGUCAAAGUGUUAAACAGUCGUCUAAGAAAAAGUACAAAGCCAAUCCAGACUUUCGUCAAAGUGUUAAAGAGUCGUCUAAAAAUGUGAAAAACUAUUCUAAACAAAAAUACAAUGAAGACAAAGACUUUAAGCAGCAUGUGAAGUCAUACUCCAAAAUGAAAUAUAAAGUAAACGCAGAUUUCAGACAAUGUGUCAGAGCUUCGUCCUUGAAAAGAUACGCAUCAAGACCAUUAUUUCGAUACAAGCUGAAGAAGUAUCUCUCUCAUCAAUAUCACAGCGAUAGGAGUAUAAAACGUAAGAAAAAAGAAACUGUCCGACUAAGAAGAAAAUCCUUAGACAAAGCCUUGCAGACAUUUCUGAGAAAUAUAGGAAAAACUCCGAAAUACACCUGUACAGUAUGUGCACGAAUAUUGUUUAAAGAACAAGUUAAGUUGUGCAAUAAAUCUAAAUAUAUAGAAAGCAAAUAUGCAGAAAAUGCUAAGAAAUGUUUGAUAGGAAACUUUGUGUGCGACUCGAAAGAAUGGAUAUGCAUAACCUGUGACAAACAUUUGAGCUGUGGCAACAUGCCCCCUCAAGCUCUUGCCAAUGGAUUGCAUCUCAAUCCAAUGCCGGAGGAACUGAGUAGCCUGAACAGUCUAGAAAGGCAACUAGUCGCACUUCGUAUUCCAUUCAUGAAAAUUUUAUCACUACCCCGUGGUGGACAACGGGGUGUGAAAGGCCAAGUUGUGAAUGUACCUUCCAAUAUUAACAGUGUAACGUCUUCACUCCCUAGAAGCAUAGAAGGUGCCCAGAUGAUUAAAGUGAAACUGAAACGAAAACUAUCAUACAAAGGAUAUCAACAGUAUGAGUGGAUACGUCCUACAAAAGUCAUAGAGGCUGUCAAAUACCUUGUGGAAAAUAACUGUUGGUACUCUCAAAUUACCUUAAACGACAAUUGGUUUGACACAAACAAUGAUUCGGACUUAGUACGGGAGGAGAAUAUGCAAGAGAGCUCAGAUGAUGAAAACCCUCACGAUACACAAAGUGCAGACUCAGAAAGUGCAGAAAGUGAUUCACAAGAUAAAGAUGCACAAAUUCAUCCAAUAGAAACGUGCUCAGAACCUCUUGAUCUAGGACAGGAAUUUCUUGACACAGAUAACAAAAUUUUCUGUGUAGCACCUGGUGAAGGGCAAACGCCACAAAGUAUUUUUCAAGAAAAGGGGGCAGAGGCAAUGGCAUUUCCAGCCCUUCUUCCAAAUGGAAAAUACGGGUUUUCAGAAGAAAGAAAAAUAAAACUUUCACCCUCAAAAUACUUUAACUCACGCCUGUUUUGUGCUGACACACGUUUUGCAAAAGACAAUAAAUUUAUUUUCUUCGCACAGUUUAUGAUAGAGAUGAGUAACAUAAAAUCAAACUUAUCUAUUGCUCUGCGAAAAGGAAAGGCAAAAACAGAUGAUGGGAAAAAAAUAACAGCCUCAAUGCUUACUAAUUCAGAAAACUUACAACAGAUAUUAAAGACAGACGCUGGAUUUCGCUUUCUACAACCCGUAAGAGGCUCGCCACCAUACUGGCAAAGGACCAUGAAGGAUCUAUAUGCAAUGAUUCGUCAACUAGGAAUACCAACAUGGUUUGUGACUUUCUCUGCAGGUGAAACGCGUUGGGAAGAGACAAUUGAUGCACUUAAGAACAAAAAUGAUAUUCGACCUAUACAAGAUAUUGAAUGGACAGAGAAAUGUCAACUUAUUAGAGAAAAUCCAGUUAUGUGUGCAAGACUAUUUAAUCAUCGGGUACAAAGACUUUUUACCGAUCUCAUCAUGUCUCCUGCGCAACCAGUUGGAGAAGUCACUGACUUUUUCUAUAGAACAGAGUUCCAACAGCGUGGUUCCCCACACAUACACUGUUUGUUGUGGGUAAAGAACGCUCCAAGACUAGGCAAAAACACAGACAAAGAAAUUUGCUCGUUUGUCGAUAAAUACAUCACCUGUUCUCUGCCUGAUCCUGAAAAAGAUCCCGAUCUUAAUGACAUUGUAAAAGCAGUUCAAAUGCACAAUAAAUCACAUACAAAGUCAUGUAAGAAACAUUCUACAACAUGCAGAUUCAACUUCCCAAGACCUCCCAUUUUGGAGAGUUUUAUCGCAAAAGUGCCUGACGACAAAGAUACAACAAAAUUUAAAGAGGGAGGAUCAGAUAUGCCAACUAUAGAGGAAAUAAACAAAAUGUGCAAAGCAGCAAAUCAAAGAUCACCAAAACAAAUAGUAAAAGAUGUAUGGAGUAUCAUUAGCUCUACAGAGAAUGUAGAAGAAUCAACAAUAGAUAACAUCCUACAGUCAUGCAACGUCUCCUACUCAGCAUUUGUAGACAGUUUGAAAACUAUCACCAAAAGAAACUGCAUAUAUCACAAAAGAGGUCUAUCUGACACUUGGGUAAAUAAUUACAAUCAAACCCUACUCAGAGCCUGGAACGCCAACAUGGAUAUACAAUAUAUUAUGGACCCGUACUCAUGCGUAGCUUACAUUCUAUCUUACAUCAGCAAAGCAGAAGCAGAAAUCGGAGAACUGCUAGCAGAUGCACAAAAAGAAGCUAGGGAGGGAAAUAAAGACGCAGCUUCGGCAAUGAAACAAAUAUCACACGUUUAUAUACAAAACAGAGAGGUGUCGGCCCAAGAAGCAGUAUACAGAAUUUGCAGUAUGCAUCUGAAAGAAUGUUCAAGACAGGUUCUUUUUAUCCCUACAGGAAAUGAUGCUUUUAGAAUGAGUCUUCCUUUGAGUGCUCUUCAUUCAAAAGAAGGAAGCAGCGAGGAUAUAUGGAUGCCAUCUAUCAUGGAUAAGUAUUACUCUCGCCCUGAUACAGAAGACUUUGAUGACCAAUGUCUAGCAGAGUUCUGUUCCAACUAUUGCUUCUAUCCAAAAUCAAGACCUCCAAAGGCAUCCAAAAAGAAUAAAGACAUUUCCUCAAUUCAUGAACUCCAGAAAGGAUUAGGAUAUAUUAAAAGAAGAAUGGAGGGAAAAGAGGCUAUUAUUCGGUACCCAAGAUUCAAUCGUCUUAAAAAUCCAAACGACUUCUACUUGUCUCUGUUACAACUAUACUUGCCUCACAGAAGACCAAUAGACUUAGCGUCUAAAGACUUAGAAGAAUAUAUUCAGCAUGCAAAAGUUGGGGACAAAAAUGUAUUAGAUAUUGUUAAUCAAAACAGAGGUCUCUUCGAGAAAGAUGUACAGGACCUGGAACGAGCUUGGGAAGAUGUUCAAGAGGGCCGUAUUGGAGAAGAUGCCUGGUCAGCAGUUGCCCCAGAGUGUGAGGCAGAGAGACUGAACAUUCAAGAGGAAAACAAGCAGCUUACUCAAGAAAAAGAGAACGAAGAAGAAAUUUCACCUGAUAUUGAACUUUUGGCAUCUUCAGAAAAAGAGAAAAGUAUGACUAAAUGUGUUACACAAUAUCAGAGGCCAAAACUCUCCCAAAAAGAAAUCCAAGAUUCGCUGAGAAACAUGAACGAAAAGCAACAAAGAAUAUUCUAUCAAGUUAGAGAAUGGGUUCUAAAAGUUUCAUGGAAUCAGCAUCCCGAGCCUCUACAUGUAUUUGUAACUGGAGGUGCUGGCACAGGAAAAUCACAUCUUAUUAAAUGUAUUUACCAUGAGACAAACAGAAUUCUAUCUAAAACAGUAGAAAACCCCGAUUCAGCGACAACUCUUAUAGCAGCUCCAACAGGUACAGCUGCUUUCAACAUUGGGGGCAUGACUCUCCAUUCGGCAUUUGGUAUCAGCAAGAACAUUAAACUUCCUUAUACACCUUUGGGAGAAAAUAUUUUAAACACAUUAAGAGCAAAGUAUGAAAAUUUGAAACUCAUCAUUAUUGAUGAAAUAUCAAUGGUGGACCAUAAACUUCUCACCUAUGUCCACGGCAGAUUAACUCAAAUUAAGCAGUCAAAGAAAGUUUUUGGGAAUGUUGCAGUAUUGGCCUUUGGAGAUUUCUACCAACUGCCACCAGUGAAAGCAUCACCACUCUAUAAAGUUAAGGAGUCUGUUAUGGUGGAUCUUUGGAACCCCUUGUUCUCUAAAGCUACGUUGACUGAGAUUAUGCGCCAGAAAGACGAUGCUAAAUUUGCAGAGAUGUUGAAUCGUUUACGAAUUCGAGGUCGAGGAGAACCGUUACUUCAACAAGAUAUUGAAAUGCUGCAAUCUGUAUCAUGUGAUUUGGCACCUAAGAAUAUGCAAGAUGCUCUUCACAUUUAUUCUCUGAAUAAAGAUGUUGCAACGCAUAAUGAGGCUAUGGUCGAUGCAAUUUGUCAUCCUUGUAUUUUAUCCACAGCAAAGGACUAUACAAGGAGUAGUGUAACUGGAAACUUGGUCUUAAGGUACCAACCUUACAGCUCCUCAUCACAAGAAGACCUCCCAGAAGUACUAAAAUUAGGACUGAAUGCAAGGGUGAUGUUAACUCGAAAUAUCGACACCGAAGACGGUCUUGUGAAUGGCGCAUUUGGAACUAUUACUGCUAUAGACCAACCUCAGGAAAAUAAUGUUAGAGCUGUUUACGUUAAAUUUGACAACAACACAAUAGGAAGAAAAGCAAAAUCCAAAGCAGUCUCAGACAUACCAGGAUCAGAAGGUGCAGUCAGAAUCACACUAUUUGAAGAUUCUCUUGCUGGUAAAAAUGCAGUUAGAAGGCAAUUUCCUCUCAAGCUUGGCUGGGCUGCAACAAUACACAAAGUACAAGGAAUGACUUCCAAUCGUGUAAUUGUUUCACUUAACAGAGUAUUUCAGCCUGGCAUGGCAUAUGUUGCACUAAGCAGAGCAACUGCCCUUGAAGGAUUACGCAUAAUAAACUUUGAUAUGAAUAGCAUAUUUGCCUCUGAAGAUAUCAAAAAAGCUUUGGAAAAUAUGCCAGACUUUCUCCCCCCGAACGAUCCAAACAUUGAAAGUAACUCGUUAAAGAUAGCUUUACACAAUACAGAAGGCCUUAUUAUCCACAAAAGGGACAUUGAAAGCGCACAGAUUCUUAAUGAUGCACACGUGAUAUGUUUCACCGAAACCUGGUUGAAAAAAGAUGACUAUAUCCCAAAAUCAAUCUUACCAAACUCGAUGGUAUAUUCAAUGCCUCGAAAAGAAGCCUACUCUUCUGCUGACCAGACAUUUCGACAAUUUGCGACAAUGGAAAGAGGAGGUGUUGCAAUAUUUACAAGAGACGUGGAAAGUACAUUAUACGAUACCCGUACUGCAAAUUUGGAGUGCGUAGCGGUAAUGAUAAAGAAACCAAUCAGUGUAGCAGUGCUGGUUAUCUACCGCCCUCCAAUAUACUCUUUAACCAAAUUUAAAGAGCGCCUAGAGAGUCUUCUUCUCCGGAUCGCUGCAGACAUAUCUUCACCAGUUAUCAUUCUUGGGGAUUUUAAUGAUAACGCGCUCAACACAGCACCGUGUUUGCAGGAAAUAUUUACCAAAUAUGGUUACCAACAGCUUGUAAAAUCACCAACAACAGAGUCUGGGACAUGCCUCGAUCUGGCUCUAGUAAAAGGUUUUGAUGAGCUUCCAAGAGUGACUGUGAAACCCAUUUAUUAUAGUUUUCACGAUGUUAUCUACAUUGAAUGUAAAACAUAA